UGUCAACUAUCCUCCGGCGAUACCAACUUCGGAUAUUCGAUGCACGUAAUAAUACCGUCAGUAAAAGUUAUACUUCUGAGAAACAGGAGCGAUUUACUUUGUAUGUCAUGGGGCUAUAUACAACAGCCGAAAGGUGCAAUGGGAAUGCA